AUGAACGUAGAAGAAGAGAUUCAGAAACUUGAAGAAGAGAUCCAUCGUCUUGGUUCUGUGACAUUUGGAGUCUUGUUCAAUGAUGAUCGAUGUGCUAAUAUCUUUGAAGCAUUGGUUGGGACUUUGAGAGCCGCCAAGAAACGCAAAAUAGUCGCAUUCCCUGGAGAAUUGUUGCUUCAAGGUGUCCACGACAAGGUCGAGAUCUCUCUCCGACCACCACCACAAGCUGUCGGUGUCGCCGCUGCCACUUCCUAA